AUUCAGUGGCAUUAAAAAGUAUUUUUCAGGCGGUUCAAGGUUGGCUGUUAAUUGCAGGGUUGGCGGUUCGAUUCCCGGCCCACGUGACUCCAUGCGCCGAAGUGUCCUUGGGCAAGACACUGAACACCAAGUUGCUCCCAAUGGCAGGCUAGCGCCUUGCAUGGCAGCUCUACCGCCAUUGGUGUGUGAAUGGGUGAAUGAUACACAGUGUAAAGCACUUUGGUAACCUCUAAGGUUAAAAAAGGCGCUAUAUAAGUGCAGACCAUUUACCAAUUUUGUCCUUUUUGGAUCAGGCACCUGCCUUAAUGUUUGGAUGUGCCCAUACUACUUCUAUUCCUAAAAAGUAUUUGGACUCUUAUGACAUACUUAAAGCAUGUUAAAAUAUAUUUAAGUGUUAAGUGAAGAAAAACACCAUUUGUGGCCCCGGUAGUGUCUUAAAUGUUAUUUCAAGACACAUUUCAACUAUUUACAUUUAAUACCUUAUUAGAUGGCAGAUUUAAACACCUGCCAGUUAACAACACAGCAGUUGAUAAAUUCAUCUUCAUUUGAGGUUUAAGAGUGAGUAUGAAUACAGUUUACAGGCCACAAAGAUGGACUGCUAGGACUCAUAUGGAGUACCCUUGUGCCCGUACAAGGAGAGCUGAGAGAGAUCUGGACGUCUGCCAUGUUACUGAAAACAGAUCGGAUAAUGUAAAUAGAGUGUAGCUUCUGGCAAUCUGAAGGCAUUUGAAAACAAACUGAAGCACUUUCAGUUGAGCAAACCCUGACUGUAAUGAUGAAGAAUGCUUAUUUGAUGUGCCGAUAGAGUAGAUGGUAUCAGGUCUCUUUAUUACUGGAGAUAUUGAAUGUUCAUGUCUCAUCGUUGUAAAUAAAGCAUGAAAUUUAAGGAAGUCACUAUUAGUCUUAAGGGACUUGUUGAAGGGUGCCCCCCUCCCCCCCUCUCCUCUCCCUCUCCCUCCUCCUCUCUCAGUCUCCAUCCAUCUAUUUUUUACUUUCUCACAUACUCUUUUGUCCUUCGUCUUCUAUCUUUUCAAAAGACAGCACUAAGUUCUAAAGGGGAGUGUGGGCAUUCAAGGCCAUCACUCCAAAAUGAAUGUGAUUUUCGAUUAAAAAGAGAAGCUUGGGAGUUUGGUGAUGACAACAGCAUUGGGAAACUGAACUGGUAAGGACCAAAGAGAGAUUUCCAGCUCUUCACAGCAGCAAUUAUCAGUUCGCACUUACCCAGCAUCAGGAUGCCUCUUUUGAGAGACCCUCGGAAAAAAGCUGAUGACAUCAAUGCUGUUUAUGAGCUGAAAGAGAAAUUGGGAGAGGGCUCCUUCUCUGAGGUACGAGUAGCUGAGCACAGAUGCACCCAGAAGCUUGUAGCUGUCAAAUGCAUCCACAAAAGGGUGCUAAAGGGUAAAGAAUCCAUGCUGGAGAAUGAAAUAGCAGUGUUACGCAGAUUAAACCAUGAAAAUAUUGUUUCUUUGGAGGAAACCUUUGAGACCCCUACAAAACUGUAUUUGGUAAUGACACUGUUGACUGGUGGAGAGCUACUGGACAGAAUUCUGGAGAGAGGUAGUUACACAGAGAAAGAUGCAAGUCGGGUCAUUUAUCAGGUGCUGCAGGCGGUGAAGUACCUCCAUCACCUGGGCAUCGUCCAUCGGGAUCUAAAGCCAGAGAACUUACUGUAUGAGACUCCAUUAGAAGACUCCAAGAUUGUCAUCAGUGACUUUGGUCUGUCUAAAAUGGAAGAGCAGGGAGCCCUGUCCACCGCUUGUGGAACACCGGCAUAUGUUGCCCCUGAACUUCUUCAGCAGAAAACAUACAGUAAAGGGGUGGAUCUCUGGGCCAUUGGAGUGAUUACGUUCAUUCUACUUUGUGGUUAUCCGCCGUUCUACGAUGAUAACGACACACAACUCUACAAGCUGAUCAUAAAGGCUGAAUAUGAAUUUGAUUCACCAUACUGGGAUGAUAUCUCAGAUUCAGUGAAAGACUUCAUAGUUCACUUACUGCAGAAGGAUCCGGAGAAGAGGUUCAAUUGUGACCAGGCCUUGCAGCAUCCUUGGAUAUCAGGGGGUGCGGCUCUGGACAAGAACAUCCAUGGCUCAGUGUCAGCACAGAUUCAGAAGAACUUUGCCAAGAGUCAGUGGAAGAGAGCAUUUAACGCCACGAUCACCAUACAGCGUUUAACGAAGAAAACACACUUUGGGGAGGACGAUGAAGGGGACAACUCCACAAGUACAGGGUCCAUAUGAUGAUCCACUAGCAGUUAACCCAGCCUCUUUUAACACGCCGACAAGUCUGACAGCAUGUGUGUCAAUGGUCACUUUAUUUAAUAGGGUUGAUGUAGACGCUAUCUGCUGCAAUGUUUGAAAUGUAGAUGUGCUUUAUAUGAAACGUGACAGAAAUCACUUUGCCUUAGCUUCUGCUGCUACACAUCACUAGACAGCUGCUGUACAAAUAUUCUUCCUUCACAACUGUUAUUAAAAUAAGUGUUCUGGUGCCCAUGUACUGUUCUUGUAUUCAGUUGUAAGUAUAGUCACUUAAAGGUGUAGUACCUUAUCAAGGACACAUAUGACAUAGAAUGAGAAAAUAUAGUAGAUAAAUGAACUAAAGAAAUAGUCAGUGUGUGUUUUCUUUUCUUUCUUUUUUUACUUCUGCAGUACAUUGUGGAAUAAAUGAACCAACCUGUCUUUUAUGCUGUGCUGUGGUUGGAUACAGCCAAAGGAAAAGAUUUGGUUUCUGAAUGGUCACAGUAAAUGUUUUUGUCCAAAUAUUCAGAAUACUGAGUUUUUCCAAUGACUGAUUCUUAAGCUAUUACGCCCCCAUCCUAAAUACGAGGUCAAAGCCUUGCAAAGUACAAAAAGUUUUUUUUUUUUAUCAUUGCUAACCUUAAAAUGCUUCAUUAAUUCAACCCUGUCACAGUAAAUUUGGAACUGAUGUACUUACAGUUUGAACAGAUAACUGAGUAAACUAUGGUCGAUUCAAUUCUUGCAAUUAAUCAAACAUUAAAAAAAUGAAAUAAAAUAUAAAAAAUAACCCAUGACAUUUCUUUUGGAGAAAAUGUGUUGUGAGCCAAGGCUGUGGCAUUG